AUGGCAGUGCGUCCGGGGCCGCUCUGGCUGCUGGGCCUGGCUCUGUGCGCCCUGGGAGGCGGCCACAGCCCACGGCCCCCACACACCUGUCCCCAGCGUCGCCUGGGAGCGCGCGAGCGCCGAGACAUGCAGCGAGAGAUCCUGGCGGUGCUCGGGCUGCCUGGGCGGCCCCGACCCCGUGUGCCACCUGCUGCCUCCCGGCAACCAGCGUCCGCGCCCCUCUUCAUGCUGGACCUGUACCACGCCAUGGCCGAUGAUGACGACGGCGGGCCCCCUCAGCCUCACAGCCGCGCCGACCUGGUCAUGAGCUUCGUCAAUAUGGUGGAGCGAGACCGUACCCUGGACUACCAGGGGCCACACUGGAAGGAAUUCCUCUUUGACCUAACCCAGAUCCCUGCUGGGGAGGCCGUCACAGCUGCCGAGUUCCGGAUAUAUAAAGAACCCAGCAGCCACCCACUCAACACAACUCUCCAUGUCAGCAUGUUCGAGGUGGUCCAGGAACACUCCAACAGGGAGUCUGACUUGUUCUUUUUGGAUCUUCAGACGCUUCGAUCUGGGGACGAGGGCUGGCUGGUGCUGGACAUCACAGCAGCCAGCGACCGAUGGUUGCUGAACCAUAACAAGGACCUGGGACUCCGCCUCUAUGUGGAAACUGAGGAUGGGCACAGCAUGGAUCCUGGCCUGGCCGGUCUGCUGGGACAACAAGCACCACAAUCCAGACAGCCUUUCCUGGUCACCUUCUUCAGGGCCAGCCCGAGUCCUGUGCGGGCCCCACGGGCAGCGAGGCCACUGAAGAGGAGGCAGCCAAAGAAAGCGAAUGAGCUUCCACAUCCCAACAAACUCCCGGGGAUCUUUGGUGAGGAUGGUCAUGGUGCCCGAGGCAGAGAUGUUUGCCGUAGGCACGAGCUCUACGUCAGCUUCCGGGACCUCGGCUGGCUGGACUGGGUCAUCGCCCCCCAGGGCUACUCAGCUUAUUACUGUGAGGGGGAGUGUGCCUUCCCACUGGACUCGUGUAUGAAUGCCACCAACCAUGCCAUCUUACAGUCCUUGGUGAGUACCACAGUGGCCAGCUGGGACCCAGGGGGCAGGGGCGGGGUGAGGUGGGGUGGAGUACACCUGAUGAAACCAGAUGUCGUCCCCAAGGCUUGCUGCGCGCCCACCAAACUGAGUGCCACCUCUGUGCUCUACUACGACAGCAGUAACAACGUCAUCCUGCGCAAGCACCGCAACAUGGUGGUCAAGGCCUGUGGCUGCCACUGA